AUGAAUCGUCUUUACGCACCACCACCAUUUCUCACCAUUACCGAUGGUGCCACCACUACCGCCGCCGCCGCCACAAACCCAGUUGUCACUCAACCUCAACUAUACAACAAUGGAAACAACCAACAUGACUCAUCCUCAUCAUCAUCAAUCUUGAUAGUAGCCCUCGUCAUUGCCUCCGCAAUCGUUGUUUCCACCAUCAUCUACCUUCUCCUCCGCUUCUUCUCCCGCUGCUUCCACAGCUCCUUGUUCGCCGCGGACGACGUCGUUUCACGAAGGCACCACUGCGCCAACGAACGACACUUUCACUCUCUUCCUCUAUUCAACUUCGGUUCCGUUACAGGAAACCUCACCGGCGGAGACUGCGCAGUUUGUUUGUCGAAGUUCGAGCCACGAGACCAGCUCCGACUAUUGCCUCUCUGUUGCCACGCGUUCCACGCUAGCUGUAUAGACAUGUGGCUUUCAUCGAAUCAAACGUGUCCGCUUUGCAGGUCCACCGUACAUCCUACGGAGUCUGACGUACUGAAUAAAAUCCUUUCGCAGUCGGAAACCGAAAAUCGCAGCAACGGCGGCAAUGGGAACAGUUUUCGGAUUGAGAUAGGAAGUGUCAGUCGCCGGCGAGAUACGUCGGACUCCGGCGAUGACAGGACGUCUUAUUCCAUCGGUUCAUUCGAUUACAUUGUUGGCGAUGGAUACGAAGUGUCAUUGGGUUCCACAACACAUCAUAGAGGAGUCUCCGAUUGUACGCCAGUCGAUAAGGAGUCGACCGGAGCUCCGGAGCCAGCGGGAGAGAGCUUAGCGAGUGAAGUUGGCGGUGAACGAAGUUGGCUGAGAGAAUAUGUUGAUCGAUUACCUUUUCUUUCUGUCUCUUCACGCGCUACGUCCUUUGGAAACUCUGGGAGGUUCUUCGCUGGACUCAGUCGCCGCAGCGAGGCCUUUGUCCCCAUCGACGACGUGGAAGCCGACCGAAUCGGAGAAGAGAUCAGUGAAAUGUUUCGGUGGCUCUCGGGGUAUGACACGUAA